CUUGGUACGACACAAUAGUUCUAAGAAUCCCUAAAACCAAAAAACUCCAUCCAUCUUUCCCAACAUGGCAAUUGACAACACAGCAAUUGCUAGAUUUUGUUUCGGAAAUCGACGCCGGCCGAGCGAUUCGGAACAGCAUCGGCGGCAGGGGCAAGAGUUGACUGAGUUCAGGCCGUGUGUGAGAGAUCGGUCUUGUGGUUGGUCCCGGGGUUCUUGCGUUGCGAGAUUCUUGGGAAGGUUCUAUUUCCAACCCAUGAAAGAGAAUCCGCUUCUCGGCCCUUCUUCUUCUUCGGUUUUGCAGCAUUGUUGACUCUCAUUUUCAUCAUCAUGCUAAAUUUAGCUGUUUGGAUGCCUCCCACAUGUUGACAGCUUUGCUCGUAUUCGGGGAUUUCUUUCUGGGUUUUCUUGGAUUUGUAUUUCUAAUUUGGCUGCAGUAUGGAUUUACCAGCAAGAAAAAAACUUCUUCCAGGAUAUACUGGACCUUUACCUAAACAUAAACCCAAGCUAUAUCAGUAUCUACUGUGGAGUCUUUCCCCAACCCUUUUACUUGUUGGGUAAGUUUUUUGAAUCUUCUUCUUAUGUUUGAAGUAAAAUAACCUUUUUAUACAAGAUAUAAGGCCACCUUUGACAUUGAGUUUUCAUGACUUAAAUAGUCUAGGACAUAUUUAAAGUAAGUACUUUGAGUAUGAGUAUGAUACAAAAAACUGACUGCAUCCUCUCAAGCUACUUGACUAUUGCAGCCAUUAAUUGGCUGUUAACUAUAACCUAAAUUGCUCCAUUUGUCUGUGUACAAGGGAGCAGUGAUCAUUUGUUUGUUCAUCUAAAAUUAUUCAGAGGAGAUGUGCUUUGCGUUGGUGAUGCAAUUUUUGUCCAUAGCAGUGAUUAUUGAUUCAUCUAAGAUUAUGAUCAUAUUAUCCGGGAAACUAUAGAGAACAUUGGUUUUUAUCCUUGAACAGAUAUAUAGUUAUCCAAUAUUAUUAUCAUCAUUUAUCAUUUCUUCUGCAACAAUUUCCUUCUUCAAUUUUCUGGUAAUUUUUCACCUUUUCGGUAUCUUAAUUGGAUGCAGAUGCAAAAGACUCAGACCCGCUGUGCUCUGUUUUGGGCCAUAGAAGAAGGAUCUUUGGCCCUUUUGAAUAUAAUGGGGGCUUAAUUCAAUUUUUAGUCUAUUAACUAUCAUCUUGAUUUCAUUUUAGUCUAGAAACUAUGUUUUAUUUCUAAGUGGUCUAUUAACUUUUAGAUUCAUUUCAAUUUCGUCUACUUAGUCAAAGGUAACGGAUUGGAGAACAGU